AUGGAUUCAACUUUACGUGAACAAGUUAUGAUAAAUCAAUUUGUGCUAGCUGCAGGAUGUGCUCAAGAACAAGCAAAACAGCUAUUGCAAGCUGCACAUUGGCAAUUUGAGACCGCAUUAUCAAUAUUUUUUCAAGAAGUCGCUAUUCCGACUGGAGCUAAUGGCAUUGCAGCCCCACACUACCGUCAGCAAUUGAUGACGCCAUGCAACACUCCAGCGACUCCUCCUAAUUUUCCUGAUGCACUAGCUGCUUUUUCACGACUGUCUACGACAGGCAGCCCAAACAAUGCAGGUGGCGGUGGAUGUGGAAACGCAACUGCGCCGCCUGUGUCUCCGCUCGCCACGCACCCACCACCGCCACCACCACCACAUAUGCAAAUGAACAUGUUUCCUGGCAAUCCAAAUCCUCAGACAAAUUAUUCGUCAAUUUCCCGCUCAACUGCCAUGUGCAGCGAAAAUAUGCCAAGAUAA